UGAUUGACAUUAAAAAAUAAUUUCAAUUUCAAACAUAUUGUCGACUAUUAUGUGAUAAUUGAUUACUAAAUAUAAGACAAGUUUGAUAUAUCAUUGUAUUAUUGAUUGAUUUAAGUUAUGAAUGCAAUGAAACUAACCGUCGAUGCGAUGAAGUUAUCACUGAUUGUUAGCCAACAAUACUAUUCAUCACAUAUUGAAACAGUUGAAGUGUUGACCUCAAGAAUUACCGACAAAACACUGAUUUCAUAUAUCGUUAACUUCUUAAGCAAAGAGAUUCCGUUAAAAUCUUUAAGUCAUUUAAAGAGAAUUAACUCUAAAGACAAGUCCAUUGAAGUAAUAAUUUGUGCCAAAGACUAUCGAAACAGUGAAUUAUCUGAAAAAGUAAACCAUUUUCUCAAACAAAAUCAUUUAUUGCCAUUCAAUACAAGAGUUGUGCCGAAGAAUAAUCCAAAGAAUCGAAAUCAAUAUGAGAAGAGUUGUCAGUUAUGGCCAAUUAAUUAUCAUCCAAACAAAUAUUUAGAAAAAUGUUUGAAUUCAACCGUUUUCGACCUAAUAUCAAGAAAAAUUAUAUUUGAAUUGAUCUCUAAAGUGAUAGAAUUUCGUGAUAAAGAAGAUAAUGACAGGAAAUCGAUGGUAACAUUAGUGACCGAUUCGAGUCAUAACAUAUUAACUAUUUGUAAAUCCGAUGUUUUAAAAAAUCCAUUAAAACAUUCAGUUAUUGUGGCCAUCGAUACCAUCGCUGAUAAGCAAUGUAAUGAAAGACAAAAAGACGAUAAUAUCAAAAGUGAUAGUUAUUUAUGUAAUGGAUAUGACUUUUACAUGAGUGGUGAGCCAUGUAUUAUGUGUUGUAUGGCUUUAGUUCAUUCAAGAAUUAGUCGAUUAUUUUUUAUCGAUUCAAAUGACAGUCAUUGUAAUGAUUUGUUUGAUUGUUGUGAUAAAGCCAUUAGUUUACAUGAAUUUCAUUUAUUACCAAAACUUAAUCAUCAUUUUGAAAUAAUAUGA